AUGGAAAGAAAGAUGAAUGCUGAUCCAUGGGCAAAUUCGAGGUUCCAACUCUGGAGUGUAAGCAGUGAACCACCAAAAAACACACCAUUAGUAGAGUAUGGGAAAGCAAAUGAUAGGAGAUUCACCAUUAGAGUUGUUCAUGACGGGGCACACCAAUUCCGAGAGAUUGAACAUCUGUAUGUUGAACACAGGCUUGUAUAUGUUCCAAUCAUUUUCCCCCACUUCUUGAUGAACUCACCAUCCAAAAGAGUUGAGAAGCUUAUUCAUAUGUUUGUAACAGAACACCCAAUGGCAACAGUUGAUGAUGGAAUAACAUACAUCAAGCAUAUGCCAAACAUGACCAUUCCGAGAGGAAAGAUGGAAGAUGCAAUGGACAUGGCCAAGGAGAAUGUCAUUGCAUGGCAAAACUUAGUGUAG